GUUUUCCCUUCUGUUACUGGAUUUGGAGGAGUAUUACUUUGAGCAGCACACGGCGUACCAUGUUACUAACAGUUCAAAAAAGGACAAAAAAGUCCGAGGAUCGUUCAAGGUUUGCUCCAGAUCCAUCAUAUUUGAUCCAGAAGAUUAUGUGGAACCAAUCAUAAAGAUUCCUUUGCGAGACUGUAUGAAGAUUGAGUUUGUGGAGAAGGAAACCAACCCUUUUAAUGAGCCUCGACCAGCAGCUGUGUGCGUUUCUUGUGAGCAGGUCAUUUUCAUCAAGGAAGUUAAUGUCAUUGAAGCUUACAGAAAUGAACGGGGGUCAAAGAAAAUGACCUUUCAGUUGGAAGUCUGGAGCAAAACGGAGGAUGUUGUUCAGACUUUACUGCAGCUGCACAGGGCUUCUUGUUUGGAAAAACUUGGAGAUCAGACUGCAAUGAUUGCUGCUAAUCUGCAGUCACGUCUGGCAAGAUCCUCAUUUGACAAGAACUGCUUUCAGAGUGUUGCAGAGAAGCCUCACAUGGAGUGCACGGUGGAGAUGGUCACGCCUCUGGUGUCCAAUCCCGGCCACGUCUGCAUCACCGACGAAAGCCUCUACUUCCAGCCUCUCAAUGGAUAUCCGGAGCAGGUGAUUCAGAUCAGACUGCAGCGAGUACGGAGAAUCUACAAAAGACGGCACGGACUCAAACCAUUGGGUUUGGAGGUUUUCUGCACAGAGAACGACCUCUGCUCAGACAUCUAUCUGAAGUUCUACAACACAGCAGACAGAGAUGAAAUCUACUACUACAUGGCUACCUUCCUGGAGAACCACAUCACAGAACACACUGCAGAGAGCUACAUGCUGCAGUGGCAGCGCGGUCACCUCAGUAACUACCAGUACCUCCUCCACCUCAACAACCUGGCUGAUCGCAGCUGCAACGACCUCUCCCAGUACCCCGUCUUCCCCUGGGUGAUCGCCGACUACUGCAGCUCACAGUUAGACUUGACAAACGCCGCCACAUUCAGGGACCUGAGCAAACCAGUGGGCGCCCUGAACAAAGAGCGACUGGACCGACUGCUGUGACUUCCUAGAAAAGCACAAGGCGGCGCUGGAGAGUCCGUUUGUGUCGGAGCACCUCCAUGAAUGGAUCGACCUGGUGUUUGGCUUCAAACAGCGAGGCAGUGAAGCUGAGGCUGCUCAUAACGUGUUUCACCCACUCACAUAUGAAGGAGGCAUCGACUGCGACAGCAUCGAGGACACGGAUCAGAGGAUCGCCAUGCUGACACAGAUCCUGGAGUUUGGACAGACGCCCAAGCAGCUGUUCAACACUCCGCACCCUCAGAGGAUCACGGCUAAGUUUCAGGGCGUCAGGCGGAGCUCCAGCAUCACCUCGCCCGUCAGUGAGCUGUCGCCAGCCUCUCCAAGUGAAGACUCUUCCUUUGAAGACCUGACGGAUGAAAGCAGGAAGUUGGCCUGGACAAACAUGGGAAGUUUGAAGCUGCACUCCAGCUGCAAGAUCCAUAAGGAAGCUGUGACGGGCAUCGCUGUGACUCGAGAUGGAACGUCUAUCUUCUCCACAUCCCAAGACUCGACUCUUAAAAUGUUCUCCAAAGAGCUGAAGGACUUCCAGAGGAGCAUUUCCUUCUCCAACAUGGCAUUAUCGUCCUGUUUGAUGUUGGCAGAUGGUAAAACUGUGGUGUGUUCUUCGUGGGAUAACAACAUCUAUUUCUACUCCAUCCCGUACGGGCGGCGGCAGGACACGCUGAUGGGUCACGACGACGCCGUCAGUGAGAUGUGCUGGUUUGAGAACAGACUCUACACGGCAUCCUGGGACUCGACGGUGAAGGUCUGGCAGCUCGAUUCCAACGACUCGAGUGUGAAGAGAUCCCGCUUUGACUUGCUGGCUGAGUUGGAGCACGAUGCUGGGGUAAACACCGUGGGUCUGAAUCCAGUUGGAACUCUGCUGGGGUCUGGGUGUAAAGAUGGGACGCUCACCAUCUGGGACACCAGCAGCUUUGGGAUUUUCCAGCAAGUUCAGUGUCACACUGGAAACAUCCACCACUUGGCCUUCAGCCCUGACAGCAGACACAUCCUCAGUGUGGGCUCCGACUCCUGCAUGAAGGUGACAGAUGUGCAGACGGGUAUGGUCAUCUCCUCCGUGAAGGCAGAGGAGGAGCAGAGGUGUUUCUGCUGGGACGGGAGCUCAGUGCUGUGUGGGGGUCAGUCCGGUGACCUCAUUCUGUGGGACCUGCUGAGCAACACUGUGAGCACAAAGAUCCCCGCUCACUCAGGUGCCAUCAGAGCCAUGUGGAUGAACGAGCUGUGCAACACCGUGAUCACAGGAGGAGAGGACAGACGGAUCCUCUUCUGGAAACUCCACAGCUGAAAACUAACGUCGCCUUUACCGAGCUUCCAGCUGGAGAGGCAAUAGAGUGCAAUAGAUGUGACGACGCAGGCCACACAUCCAACCAUCCACGCAAGCAAGGGACUCUGCAGUGGAGACGCAGUGAAAAGUAGAAUUUGUUCAUGUUCAGUAGAAAACGGCCUCUAGACUGUUUUCUCUGGUAUUUAACGUCGUAGAAUCGUCUGCUUCUUAAGAAAAAGCGUCCAGUCGCAGCUUUUGUAUGAAUGCAGGAAGAUAUUUGUGCGCUCGCCUUUAUUUUUGACUC